CAUGCCACUUUCUUGUCUCUAGGAUGUUGAUGGUGCUUACAUGAACAAGGUUGAACUGGAGGCCAAGGUCGAGGCACUUCAAGAUGAGAUUAACUUUUUGCGUGCCCUCUAUGAUACGGAGCUCACUGAAUUACAGAAUCAGGUUAAAGACACCUCAGUGAUUCUAGAGUUGGAUAACAGCCGCAAUCUCGAUCUGAAUGCCAUCGUGGCAGAAGUGCGCGCUCAGUAUGAAGACAUUGCCAACCGUAGCCGAGCAGAGGCUGAGACCUGGUACAUGCAGAAGGUAAGCAAAGGAGAAAUGUGCCGAAUAGAGAAGCGAUUCACAUAUUAACAUAAAAACAUCUUAAGACUUUUACCAUUCUUGUAGUAUGAAGAGAUGACAUCGUCAGCUGUAAAAUACGAU